AUGGGAUCAUGCUACAACAGACCUUCUCGUAAGGAAAUACGAAUUGUUCCAACAGUUGUUCCAUCAACAAAUCAAAAUCAUAAUGUUGGUCGUCAAAGACUUUCAAUUUUAUCUGGCAAAUAGUCCCUUAGCAUCAUUAUAUAUGCUAUAAUUUUUAAGAAUAAUAUUUUAUUCAGAAUUUAUAGGAUUAAUUUAUUUAAAGGAAAAUUCCUCUAAUUAAUUCACAAAUUAAGAACCCUUUUAUCAACACCAAAUAUUUCUCAAAAUUCCCUUGAAGGGAAUCUUGAAAUAUUGGCACAACUUCAUUCGUCAUUGCAAAGCAGACCUCCAACUGAAGGCAAACCUGAACAAGGCAGCUUAUUUUUGAUAAAAGAACGAUACAUCGUGGAAAGUAAAAAUGAGCCGAAACGCCAAGAUAGUUUUGACGAAAAAUGAUCACGAAUCACAGGCAACAAAACUCACAUCGAUUUCUUAUAUCGCCUUGGCAUCUCAGUUACCUGCAAAAAAGGCUUAAAACCAGAAAGCCCCAACCAAGAUGACUACUGCAUCGUUAUUGAUGGACCUUCAUUUCUCUUAGGUGUAUUUGACGGGCAUGGAUUCUUCGGCCAUGAUGUAUCCAAUUAUGUGCACAGCUUAAUGCCUGUAGUUAUGUUUUCAAACGCUAACUGAAAGCAGCACCCUGAACAAGUGAUGAAAGAAGUUUUCUCCCAAUGCAACCAAAGCUUGAUUAACACUUGUAAUUACCAAGAUACAAAAUUUGACUGUGAGUACUCAGGCACUACAGCUACUCUGGUACAUUAUAGAGAGCACAAGCUUUAUAUUGCUCAUGUAGGUGACUCUAGAGCUGUCAUAGCAAGAAGAAAAGGCUCUUCCUUAAUACCAAUCGAGCUAACCCCAGAUCACAAGCCAGAAAAUCUUUGCGAAAAAGAAAGAAUUGAGAAGUCUGGAGGCGAAGUCAGAAAACAAUCAAGGGAACACCCUUUUAGAGUCUACGUAAAAGGAAAAGACUACCCUGGCCUUGGAAUGAGCAGAGCAAUAGGUGACACAUCAGCUCAAUCUAUAGGUGUAUCAUGUGAGCCCGAAUUUUCCGAAUACAAGCUUGAUGAAGAGAGAGAUUAUUUUAUUGCAUUAGGUCUUUAUUUCAGGACCAUGCCCCGAUUAAAAAAUUAUUUAACUUUCUUCUUUUCCUAAAAUUUUUGGAUAAAAUUUUAGUAAAAUUUUCUAAACCCACGUAAUCCGCGAUUUUUUUGAUUUCUGAGUCUAAUAUGAAUUUUCUAUUUCUGAUAAAAUUUGAAUCUGAUCUAAAUUUUAUUUUCCUGAUAAUAUUUGAUUCUGAUAUCAAUUUUAUUUUUCUGAUAAAAUUUGAAUUGAUCUAAUUUUUAUUUUUCUGAUAGGGUUUGAUUCUGAUAUCAAUUUUAUUUUUCUGAUAGGAUUUAAGGUUGAUUUAGAUUUUAAUUUUCUGGUGUUCAGGAUUUUCUUAUCGAUUGUCUUCUUAUCAUCAAUGAUCACCUCAGUCUUCCUAUAUUUGAAGGUUUCCUGAAUAGGUUCCAUUUCAUCUAGUAUUUUUCCAUCUAAACGACUUAAAAACUCGAAUAUUUUGUCAUCUGUAUCAACAUUUUCUGUAUCACUAUCAUUUCAUUCAUACUCUGAUUCAGAAUUAUCAAGUAAUCCUGUAUCAAUAAGUUCAUUUAAUAGUAAAAGUUCGAAAAAUUCAUCCUGUAAAGCUCCGUUUUCGUCACAAAAGGAAGAAGAAUAGGAAACAUUACUUUCCGAAUCUUCCAUUAAAAUAAAAGUAAGCUUGAUGAAGAAGAGAUGAAUUUGUGCUGGUUUGCAGUGAUGGGAUUUGGGAAUUUAUAAGCAACCAAGAAGCUGUCGAUCUCAUAGACGCAAAUUCAAAAAGCAUCAAGAAAGCCCCAGAAAAGCUUGCAGAACUUGCUUGGAACAGAUGAAGUGAGCAUGAGCGAGGAGUCGUUGAUGAUAUCACAGUAAUUCUUGCUUAUAUUCCUAAACAAUUACAUACUGACUGUAUCUAA